AUUUUUUAAGAAUUAAGUUUUUUAAAAGAAAAAUCAGAAAUUGACUCUAACAUAAUUAAAAAAAUUGCUAAUUAGAGCUAUAAAUCCACAGAAACAAGGAUAAGCAGCAACGUUUCUGUAAAUAACAUAGAAAUCAACAAGAAAAGAAGUUUCAAGAAAGAUCCAAGGAAAGGAAAAAAUGAAUAGAGCAUAAUUUACAGCAUCACUUAUUUAAAUUAAUUGUAAUAAGCAAUGGCACUGCUGGGAGCUCAGCUUGUAAUAACUCUAGUAUUUGUAAGCAUCAUACAGAAAGUCAGUCCGCAUUUUUCAUUAGCAAAAUGGUUUUUAUGUUCAACUGGUCUCAUUAGAUAUUUGCAUCCAACGGAUGAAGAUCUGAGACUAUUAGCUGGUGUACCAAAGGAGAAAGGUGGAAAAGGAAAAGAUAAAAGGAAUGGACAUUCAACAGAAAAGUCUUCAACCUUUCAUAUUCCACGAAAUCUCGAUAUAACAUUAGAGACUACAAACAUCACUCAAUUUGAUGUAGUGCAUUUAAGAUACUUUACAGAAUAUCAAUGGCUCAUCGACUUUAGUCUUUACUCAAUAAUUGUGUACACAAUUUCUGAAACUUAUCAUUACUUCAUACCGAUUAAAGAUGAAGUCAAUCUAAGCAUGUUAUGGUGCUUAUUGGUAAUCUUUUUCGCAUUUAAACUACUUGCUUCCUUAACCGUUCAAUACUUUAAAAGUGAUGAGUCAAUUGGUGAAAGAUCAACGUGUAUCGUCACUGGGCUUGUCUACUUGCUGAUUGCCAUGAUGAUUGUUAUAGUUCCGGAAAGAAUACUCGAAGUUGGACUGAAUACAGCAUACGAAAAGUUUAAUGAAGGUGCAUCGAAAUUCCUAGCAGAACAAGGAAUAUCAAAUAGUGGACCUGCCUCAAAAGUCGUCUUACUAUUCUUCAUUGCUGUCUUUUGUGGAAUAUUAGGGGCUCUUUUCACAUUUCCCGGAUUGAGGAUGGCAAAAAUGCAUUUUGACUCGCUCAGAUACUGCAAAGAUCGUAAAAUGUUGAAGCUGUUGCUAAAUAUUAACUUUGCAUUGCCUUUUGUGCUAGUGCUUUUAUGGAUUAAGCCAAUUAGUCGUGAUUAUCUUACUGAACGUGUCUUCUCUGGAAUGAACAAUCCAAUUAUGACACCUGAAAUAUUUGAAUCAAUUCGCUUGAUGACGAUAAUUGUAGCAGUAUUUCUCCGAAUGAUACUAAUGCCUAUUUAUUUACAAGCUUAUUUAAAUCUGGCAUAUGAUCGUAUUGAAGAGCAAAAGAAAGAAGCUGGACGGAUUACAAAUGUCGAAUUCAAACAAAAAAUCACAUCAAUUUUUUACUACCUUUGUGUUGUGACUCUACAAUACACAGCGCCAAUUCUCAUGUGUCUAUUUCUAUCGUUCAUGUAUAAAUCACUCGGAGGACUUUCAUGGUCAUGGUCCUCGAGUUUGCCUAUCGAGGAAUGUUCUGUUGAUCUUGAACUUAAUUCAAUGCCAACAGAAUCUCCACUAACGGAACAAGAAGCAACGACUGAUGCCACAUUCAUUCAAGUCGCACAAAAUUUUCACCUAUCCUUACAGAAUUUAAAACAAGUAUUUACUGAAGACGUUUAUCGGGGCAUUUUUGGAUUCGCAACAUGGUGGAGUUGCUUUGUGUGGUUUGCAUCGUCCUCAUUAGGAAUGUUUUAUCAAUCUUACUUUACUAACAAAACAUAAGUGCUAUAUAAAUUUUUUAUUUGUUACUUUUUGCAUAUUUCUUUAUCAAAAGAAAAAGAUUUGUUUUCUGUGUUUCCUUACUGAUGUCCCUGCUUUUUGGUUGUAAAAUAGAUCAACUUGAGUUUUAAAAAAUAGAAACUU